AGAAAUGUGGGUGGAUGGAUUGAGUUCAAUAUGAACACCGUCCAAUAGUUAUAGUCGAUGAAAAAAUGAACGCAACUUUAAAACUUUCAAUUAUAUCCAUUGAACGCAAGGCGUGAUACAGAAAAUUGUGUUUGUCAAUUUUUGACUGAAAGCUCAUUGAAGCAGAAUAAAUUUCCAUGGUUCCCGUGUCUUUGGUCGAAAUGUAAAAAAGAAAUAUGCGAACUUUGGUUCGAUAAAAAAGAAGCUGCAUCACAAACAACAACUGUCAUAGACAUGAAUUUCAAAGAGAAUGUUUAUUUGCUCUGCAAAGAAGGAAAUUCGGAUGCAAUCAAUGCGAAUGCCACACGUAUGGGAAACAAUUGUAUUGUUCCAGGAAGUGGGCCAUAUCUAGAAGCAGAUGUUUUAAAAAGAUGCAAUUCUUUGCCAACAUUUCUUUCCAAUAAUAUGUACUGUGAUUGGAAGAAAAAAAGGAAAAACAGUGUCGUUAAUAGGUUUAUUACUAAAGAUUCAAACCAUCAAUCUAAUUACUUAAAAGACACAUGCACAUUUAACUAUAAUCCAUUCAACAUUGAAACAGAAACCAAGUCUCUGCAGGAAUUGCAAAGUGAAGUAGAUGCACUUAUAGAAUUUCGUAAUAUAGUUAUUGAAACUUUUCCUGAUUUGCAAACCAAAAUUUCAAUGCGUUCAGCAAUUUCAUCACAAAGAAAUCAAUCAAAAAAGAAAAAGUUACGAAAAAAAUCGAACACCCCUCUGAAUGCCCCAGGAAGUUCGGUUAUAAACGGAGCUGGAGAAAUCGAUGAAACAUUACAAUCUUUUGUAUCUCGUAGUCGAAGUAAUUCAAAUUGCUGUAGAAAAGAACCAAAGAGUGGUGAAGGUAGUGGAAGCACUGUACAGGAUUCUGGAUUUUCAACAGAGACAACAUCAUCUAAGGAUGGCUACAGUGCUUCGGUAUCUUCUGGUGGCUUACAGGGAGCAAAUAAUCGUCUCGUAUUUGAUUCGGAUGAUGAAUUGUUGAAUCUUUUAGAUGUAAUUUUUCGAAAAACAUUGCGGUUUCGACAAAAAUAUCCGUCUAUGCCACACUUUGAGUUUGACAAGCAUGAAUCUUAUGUCUCCUCAGCAUCUAUUCCAAACAUUUUAAGUCCCAGUAGUGUGCAUCCAAAAGUUCUGCGAUUCAAUACAAACCAUCCACUGAAGCAAAACCUUCCUAGAAUAAACAAAGAACGAGAUAAAUUACUUUUUAAAGUAGCUGAACUCGAAGCAGAAAUAAUAAAAAAUCGAAUAAAAAUAUCAAAAAUGGAAAAAAAGUUAGAUUUCUUUACAUCGGGGAAUAAAGAUUUGGAGGAUCAAUUGAAAGUAGCUCUUAAUGAAAACCAAGAUCUUAGCUUCGAAUUAUUUCAACAUAAAUGUGACAUUCCUAGCCGAAAAAGUGAAAGCACUACACCACCACCAAUAGCUAAAAAACGUCAACGUGAAACAUUUGUGAAGCGUCAAUAUUCAAAAUCCGUAACACGUAAAUUUCCUGAAGGAAUUGAUCACAUACCGAAUUCAAACACCCAAUCCGAAAGUAAUCUAUUAGAAAAUGGUAAAUUAACUUCGAAACUUGGCGUUAGUUCAGAGAAUUUAGACAGAAGAAAUUCAAUAAGAGAUAUGAAUUCAUCUACGAUUAAAUUAAAUCCCGAUUUAGUUCAUAAACGUAGUAAGAAUGAAAUUCAAAGUUUGGGUAAACUGGAUGGCGUAUUGAGUUCGCCAAAAUGUCUGUGUAAGGUUCCAAAAACAGAUACAACUAAAAUUGCUGCAAUAUUACUUGAAUCGAAUUCGUUAGAACUGCAAAGACAUCUAUUAACGCUUACAAUUGUUAAUCAGGCUAAAAGAUUUUGUACCGAACCAUUUGAACCCAAAUCCAUACCGCUAGUUUCGAAAAAGAGAUCAUCAAAACUUUCAAUACAUCAAAUGGACAAUACAACUCAUUAUAUUAGCAGUUCUGGCAAUAGCAACUCACUCAAACAGCUAACUAAAAGUCCAAAUUUAAAAAACGAACAAGUUGAGUCCGAAAAAAGAGAGAACAUUGUUGAUUCUAUUUGCAGUCAUCCCGAUGAGCCACAGAUCUUACAAGAAUGGGAAAAAAAUAUCCUGCCAGCUAAAAGACCCAAACCAAGCAGAAUUCCACUUUUGGGUUCAAAAACACUCCAUUCAGCAAAAAAUGUCGGAUACGCAUCAAAUUAUGUGAAAAGUUCUCCUUUUAUAUCAAUUCACAAAGCCCUGAGUUUGAGCACGGGGAAUAUAAAUUUAAAAAAUAGUCGACAAAAUCAACAAGAUUCGCUUAAGUUAAAGACUCGAAGACCAUCAUCUUCAUUUAAUGCAGAUUCCAAAAUUGUUCUACCCCGCAGUGUGGCACUUACAUCAGCCUCGCCAAAAACAAACCGCAACUUAGAAACAGGCAGUUUUUUUCAGUUAGAUUCACUGGCAAAUUCCAAAAUAAGUUCUAAAACUAAUGAAUGUAUUCAAACAGAUACCAAACCUGGAUCCAACACAAAAAUUAUCAUUCAAAAUAAACAUUCGAUUCCUCUCAUAGCCUUGCCCAGUCCGAGUGACGAGAGAAAAAAAGUAGUAAACACUAUGCUGGAGUCCACGGAUAGAAACGUGAUAAGAAAAGACGCUAAAACUGAUAAUAUUGGUUAUUUAAACCAACCUGGUGUUCAAUUUCUCAUUGAGGGAAUUACUAAAACCAGUUAUAAAAGUUCAAUAACAAAUUCAUCAAAUAACAAUAGUAUGACAGAAGAUGAACCAUUAAACGAUGAACAUAUCGGAAAAGUACGCAAUUUGCGAUCCACACUUCUGGGGUGGUUAAAAAUUUAGUUUAAUUUCCAAAUUAUUUAGUUAUUCAUAAGGUGUAUUAUUAUUUUAUUAAGAUUGCAGAAUAUAAUUAAAACAAAAUAUUCAAAUUCGCAUAA